CAAAAAGCUCCCAAACAGUAUAUACAAAAAAGAAAAAAACUCUCUCUCUCUCUCUCUCUCUAUUCGUUUCUCUUCACAAAUCAUCGCGACUUUUCUCGAAAUUCAAAUUUCAAUUUCUCUUAUAAGAGUUUUAAAAAUCCAUAUAUUUUCGAAUUAAAACGUUGUAAUAUCCAAUAUCCAUAGAUCGAAAGCUGAAGUUGUAAAGAGUGAUUUGAUCGUUUGUUUCGAAGUAAUUUUUCUUUUUCUUUUUUGGAAUUAUUGGGAUAUAUAGGAGUUGUUUGAUUGGAGGAGAUAUAGGAAUAUGGAAGUGGAGUCGCCGGAAAGAGGGAAGAUAGGUGGAAUAGCGAUGGAAAUUCCGGCGACUGACGGAGCAACGUUGUUGUCGCCGCCGAGGAUUCCACCUAGGAUUCUUCAAAAGCUGUCAGAGCCUAAGCCUAAAACUCCUUCUACUGCUGAAGAAAUUGAAGCUAAGCUACGUGGCGCCGAUCUUCGUCGACAGAAAUUCUAUGAGUAUCUGUCAAGCAAAGCCAGACCGAAGCCCAGAAGCCCCUCACGGUCUCCAACUCACGGAGAAGAUCUUGGACAACGUCUUGAGGCUAAACUUCAGGCUGCCGAGGAGAAAAGGAUGAGCAUUCUAGCGAAGGCUAAGUUGCGGCUUGCAAAAUUAGAUGAGUUGAGGCAGGCAGCUAAAACUGGAGCAGAAAUGCGCUUCAGACAGGAACGAGCUGAACUGGGUACAAAGGUGGAGUUGCGUGUUCAGCAGGCUGAGGUAAAUAGGAUGCUUCUCCUAAAAGCUAAUCGCCAAAGGAGGGCCACACUGAGGGAGAAGACAUCUCAAUCAUUACUACGUCGAAUGGCUCGUGAGAGCAAGUACAAAGAGCGGGUGCGUGCUGCAAUUUAUCAGAAGCGUGCAGCUGCUGAGAAGAAGAGGAUGGGAUUGCUGGAAGCCGAAAAGAGGAGGGCAUGUGCUAGAGUCAUGCAAGCGCGGACUGUUGCGAAGUCUGUUUCUCACCAGGAAGAGGUCAAAAGAAGAGAAAUGAAGAUUAAAAUAGAAGACAAACUACAAAGGGCAAAGAGGCAAAGAGCAGAAUACUUGAUGCAGAGAGGAAAAUCACCAAAUUCCUUUCAUGGCAGCUAUGACAAGAUUCAUGACCAGGCUGACCUUCUUUCAAGGAAAUUAGCAAGGUGUUGGAAGCAGUUCCUUACACAUGGAAAGACGACCUUCCAUCUUGCAAAAGCUUAUAAUAUGCUGAGUAUUAAUGAGAGAUCAGCUAAGUUAAUGCCAUUUGAGCAGCUAGCAAUGAUGAUUGAAUCGUUUGGUACACUACAGACAGCUAAAGAUUUGCUCGAUAGGCUUGAGCUUCGCCUUAAAUUGUUGCGUGAUGUUGACAGUGCCGCAAGUACUUUUGGUUGGGGGGACAUUGAUCAUCUUCUUAAACGAGUAGCUUCACCAAAAAGAAAGGUUACACCAAGGAGAUCUCUCUGCAGUGGUGGUGUAAAAAAAACAGUAUCCAACUCACCAGCAGCCAGAGCUCCAGUGAAGUUGUCGAGAUAUCCAGUUCGAAUUGUGCUGUGUGCAUAUAUGGUUCUAGGUCACCCUGAUGCUGUGUUCAGUGGUAAAGGGGAGCGUGAGAUUGCCCUGGCCAAAUCGGCUGAAAAAUUUGUCAGAGAGUUUGAACUACUGGUUAGGAUAAUUUUAAAUGGCCCCACACAGACUUCUGAUGGGCAUUCUGAUAGCGGUUUGGCAAGCCGCAAGACCUUCAAGUCACAACUCGCAAAGUUUGAUUCAGCAUGGUGCUCUUACUUGAAUAGCUUUGUGGUGUGGAAGGUUAAAGAUGCCCAGUCUUUAGAGGAGGAUUUGGUUAGAGCUGCUUGCCAGCUUGAACUUUCUAUGAUUCAAAAAUGCCGGAUAACUCCUGAAGGCGAUAGUGUUGCUCUUACUCAUGAUCUGAAGGCUAUCCAGAAACAGGUGACAGAAGAUCAGAGACUCCUCAGAGAAAAGGUGCUUAAUAUUAGUGGAGAUGCUGGUAUUGAACGGAUGGAUGAUGCGAUUUCUGACACACGAAGCAAAUACUUCGAAGCUAAAGAAAAUGGGAGUCCUCUGAGCUCUCCAAUUCUGCAUUCAGCUCCAAGCCCAACUGCGCUCCCAAGUGCCUCUUCUUCUCUUGUUGGUACUAGUAAAGGAGAGAAUUUGCUUGAGGUGAGGGAUCAGAAGCCAAACCGUGUGGUGCGCUCCUUAUUUAGGGAUGAACCACAUCUAAAAGUUGGUUCUUCAUCCAAUAACAGCACACAGUCAUCCCGUAGUGAUGAGGGAUUGGAAAUGGAGAAUGAAUUAAUUGUGAAUGAGAGUCUUCAUGGGCAGCAUCUUGAAUUUGAUGAGUCUCCAAAAGUUGCUGAUAAAUAUUAUAGUAGUAUUGAGGACAAAGUUAGAGAGACAAUGGAGAAGGCUUUCUGGGAUAGUGUCAUGGAAUCCAUGAGAAAGGAUGAACCUGGAUACAACCGUGUUGUUGAUCUGAUGAGAGAAGCAAGAGAUGUACUUUGUAGCUUGGCUCCUCAGAGCUGGAGACAAGAGAUCAAUGAAGCGAUAGAUAUAGACAUUCUCUCUCAGUUGUUGAUCUCAGGCAAACUGGAUAUGGAUUAUCUACAAAAGAUCAUGGAUUUCACAUUAGUCACUUUGCAGAAACUUUCCUCUCCUGCUAAAGAGGAUGAGCUAAAAGCAAAUUGUCAAAAGUUAUUUAGAGAAAUAGCUGAUAUAUGUCAGGAUGGGUCAGGGAAUUCAUUUAUCCUGGCACUGGUUAGGGGUUUGCGUUUUAUACUGGAAGAGAUACAGCUACUCAAACAAGAAAUAAGCAAGGCAAGGAUUAGAAUGUUGGAACCAAUUCUCAAGGGACCUGCAGCUUUUGAUUAUUUAAAGAAAGCUUUCACCAAGCGUUACGGUCUUCCUUCUGUGGCUAUGACCGCCUUACCCUUAACAAGGCAGUGGCUUUUAUCUGUCAAAGAUUCCAUGGACCAGGAAUGGGAUGAACACAAGGAGGCUCAAUCAGGGCUGAAAGGCGGAGAGGGUCGUUUCCUUCCUUCUGCCACCCUUAGGACUGGAGGAAGCUUUUCAGUUAAAACAUAUAAAAACCAUGCUUCACCUUUGACCUCUAUAGAAGCUACAGAUGAAUGCCAAGAAUGCACGGGGGACAAGGUUGAUUUAUUGGUGAGGCUGGGUUUGUUAAAGUCGGUAAAUGCAGUAUCUGGUCUGACACAAGAAGGGUUGCCUGAAACUAUGCAGCUGAACUUCUUUAGACUAAGGGUUGUUCAGGCAAAAAUCCAAAAGAUCAUUGUAAUAGCUACCAGCAUUCUAGUCCAAAGGCAAGUUCUCCUGAGUAUGCAAAUGGUAUCGAGUGCAGCAGAUAUGGAUAAAAUUGUUCAGGGAAGUGUCAAAGCGCUUUCUGAGCUCCUCGACUCCAACAGUGAUGCUGGGAUUCAAGAGAUCAUAGAGACACUUGGCAAACCUUUAGAGCAUGGCAACUAUGGUACUGAUGUGAUGAAGCUUCAACAGAUCAAGGAGAUCAUGGCAAGGAUGUUAUCCAAGAGCCUGCAAGCUGGGGAUGCUAUUUUUGUACGUAUAUCUCAGGCGACAUAUUUGGCUGGAAGAGGAGUUGUACUUGGGGGAACCGGAGGACCGGGAAGAGAAUUGGCUGAAAUGGCUCUGCGGCAGGUGGGAGCAACUGCUCUAAUUGACGAGAUUGUGGAAGCUGCCUCUGUAUUGGUUAUGGCAGCACGUGUGACAGUGAAUGUUCAUGGUCCUUGGUAUGCACAGUUAGUAGAUAGUAUGUGAAGGUAUUUUACAUUCUUUUGUACAUAUCAGGGCAUGUAGUUACUAUUCUGUAUCUCAUCUAGUUGUGAAGCUAAUAGUCUCCCUAGAUUGAAGGUAAUUGUUAUUGCAGUAAUGUGAAUGGAAACCUAGAGAAUGUUGAUAUUUGCUGAAAUAAGGCAAACUGAAACGCUUGCUUGUAUGUAAAACAUUUAAGUUUGGCUAAGACAGGAGCCUAAAACAGAGCUCUCAAAAGUAGCUUC